AGAAUUUGAAAUGAAAAAUGCGUGUAAAUAAACAAAUGAACGUUGAAGAUCCAUCUCACAAAUAUACUGUUAAUUUAUGAUAUAAUUUAAAAAUUGUGUGGUGUUUUUUUUCUUAUUUUCUUUCAGUAUUACAUAUUAAAUGUUUUUAUGAAUAAUGAAAUUCAAAGAUGUCUUGUUAUAGACUAUCAUGCUAAUGAAAUUUCUAAUGUAUAACCUCUGUGAAAGAAUCAUCGUUUAAAAAAAUUUAUAAAUGAAAUUAUUAAACUAUCAUUAAAUUAAAAUUUUUUACUAAAUUUAAUAUCGUAGUUUAUAUUCUUCAAAUAAUUUCAAUGGCAUAUCCAUUUAACGAUUUAGUGCACACUAAAUCUUUUACUCCAAAAGAAUAUCAGGUAGAAUUACUAUAUGCUGCUAAACAAAAGAAUAUAAUCAUUUGUUUAGGAAGGUACACCGAGCAAACAUUUAUAACAACUAAAUUAAUUCAAGAAUUUGUGACCGGCAAUCGAAACUUUAACACAAAGAGUAAAAAAAUUGUUUAUAUUCUUAGUAGUUAUGAAGUAUGUCUGUUAAAAGCGCAAUAUAUUGAGCAAUUAACAGACUUGAAAGUUUGUAUCGGAACCCCAAAUAUUGAAAGUGAUGCAUUCCUCGAUAACUUUUUUAAUGUUCAUGUUAUUGUGACAACGAGUGAACUAUUUCAUGAUUUAUUAAGAAAAACUAAAUUAGACUUACAAAUAAAUUUGAUUAUAAUUGAACAAUGUCAAUUGUUGUUAACAAAUAUCGAGCUUAAGAAAGCGUUGAAAAUGGUAAGUUCAAGCAGGAAUAAACUAUGUAGAUUUAUUGGACUAGCUGUUCCUCUCUUUGGAUUAACUGAAGAACCUGGACGAUUGAGUUUAGAAAUAGAACGACUUGAGUCCACUUUUCAAUGUGAUGUUGAAACAACUAGUGACAUACUAUCAAUAUUAAGGUAUAGCUCAAAACCAAAAGAGUAUAUUGUUGAAUUUAAAACCGGAACGAAGGAAAAAUUACAUAUUAAAAUCGAAGAAGUAAUAAUGGAUGCAAUGAAUUUUCUAGACGAUCACCGGUAUGAUCCAACGGAAAUUUAUCAAGAUGAAUUUCUCGAAGAUAUUCAAAAAAUUCCUGAUCCAACAGAAAAACCACGUGAAAUGUUACGAGAUCUUUUAACUAUACUUGAAACUUUGGGAUCAUGGUGUGCAGAUCGUGCUGCUUUAUCUCUUUUAGCUCUAGCUGAAAAACUUAAAAUUAAAACACCGUAUGAACGUCAUUAUCUAUUACUCAAUAUGAUAGCCUCUGUCAUGAUUAAAAUUCGUGCAAUAUGCGAUUAUGAAUUUCGAAACAUUCCAGAAAAAAAUAAAAUUUGGAAUUUUUCAACACCUAAAGUCCAUCGUUUACUAGAAACACUUAAAACUUUUACAUCUCUUUAUGAUAAAAAUAACAAAAAAUGCAAUAAUAUUAAUAAAUAUAACGUUAAUAGAAACUUGAGCAAAGUUCAAGAUCAGAAUACUACAAAAAUUAUUUCCAAAGACUUUUACAAAACAAAUGAUAAAAUGAAAACACCUAAAUUUCUACGACCUCAUCGUAAUAUCACAGACCCUGACCUUUUAUGUGGUAUAAUAUUUGUGGAUAAAGGAUUUACUGCCAAAGUUUUGUUUAACUUAUUAUAUGAAAUUGCUAAAUGUGAUGAUGACUUGAAUUUUUUAUCACCUCUUUACACAACUGAGAGAACUUAUGAUGAAGUGUCUCACUUUCGAGAUCCUGAAACAGAAUAUCGGAAACAAGAAGAAGUUUUAAAACGUUUUAGAAUUCAUGAGUGCAAUUUACUUAUUGCAACGGCAAUUUUGGAAGAAGGAAUUGAAAUUCCAAAAUGUAAUUUUGUGAUGCGAUAUGAUAUUCCUAAGAGUUAUCGAUCAUAUGUUCAAGCUAAAAGUAGAGCGAAAGCUACAGAUGCUUUACAUGUACUCUUAGUAGAAAAUUCAAAUUCUAAAGAGUAUAUUUGGAAGCUAUCACAAUACCACUAUGUUGAAGAAAUUUUACUUCAAAAAUGUACUAAUAAUGAACCUAUGGAAAAGGAGGAAAUUGAAGCUGAUUUAUAUUCAGAUUUAAUUCCAUCGUAUCAACCAUUGCAAACUGAAACUGGAGCGAUUGUAACAUUUAAUUCAGCAAUAUCGUUAAUAAAUAGGUAUUGUGCUAAAUUACCUAGUGAUACAUUUACACGACUGACACCAGACUGGUCAACAAAUGAAGUUAUUAUCCAUAAUAACUUACAUUACCAAUGCUCCUUAAGAUUACCUAUAAACUCUCCGUUGAAAUCCGUUAUAACUUCUCACCCGAUGCCCAACAGAGCUAUGGCUAGACGUUUAGCAGCUUUACAAUUAUGUAUAAAAUUACAUAAAGAAAAUGAAAUUGAUGAUAAUCUAUUGCCCAUUGGAAAAGAAAAUUUUAAAGCCAGACCAGAAGAUGCAGAAGUUCCAGCGUUACCUGAUGAAAGUCAAUCUGAUCUCUCUGAAGCACGACCUGGUACAACAAAACGUCGACAAUAUUAUUAUAAAAAGAUAGCUGAAUCAUUGACUGAUUGCCGCCCUACAGUUGGAGUUCCCACAUAUUUGUAUCAUAUAAAAAUGGUUCUUAGUUGUCCAUUACCAGAAGAACAAAAUACACGUGGAAGACGCAUUUAUCCUCCUGAAGAAUCAGAUAUUGGAUUUGGUAUUCUAACAUUAAAAAAAAUUCCAAAACUGUGUCCUUUUCCUAUCUACACUAGAUCAGGAGAAGUACAAGUUGAACUAAAACUUAGUAAAAAUUCAGUAGUAUUAGAUUCUACUCAAAUAGAAAGAAUUUAUACAUUUCUUAAUUAUACAUUUACAAAUGUGUUGAGACUUCAAAAAUAUUUGAUGAUUUUUGAUCCGAAUGCAUCAGAAAAUUCUUACGUUAUUGUACCUGUGAAAAAAUGUCUAGUUAACGGAUUUGAGGAUGUAAGUGUAGACUGGAAGUUCUUAGAUGUUAUUUAUGACAAUCGUUGCACAGCACCUAGUGAUAUUAAAGAGGAAGAUCGUGUCAGUUUUGUAUUUGAUCCUUCAAAAUAUCAUGAUGCUGUUAUAAUGCCUUGGUAUAGGAAUCAAGAUCAACCUCAAUAUUUUUAUGUAGCUGAAAUUUGUAAAAAUUUAAAUCCCAAAUCCUCGUUUCCGGGUGAUGGUUAUAGUACAUUUGAAGAAUAUUAUAAAAAAAAAUAUGACAUUAAAAUCCAAAAUUCCGAGCAGCCUCUCUUAGAUGUUGAUCAUACAUCAGCUCGAUUAAAUUUUCUCACUCCAAGAUACGUUAAUAGAAAAGGAGUUGCAUUACCAACGAGUAGUGAGGAAACAAAAAGAGCUAAACGCGAAAACUUGGAACAAAAACAAAUUUUAGUUGCUGAGCUAUGUGCUAUUCAUCCAUUUCCUGCAUCAUUAUGGAGGCAAGCUGUUUGUUUACCUUGUAUUUUGUACAGAAUUAAUGCAUUAUUACUUGCUAAUCAAAUUAGAUGUCAAGUGGCAGAAAUGAUGAAUCUUGGACAACAAUAUUUGGAUUCUGAUUUUGAAUGGCCGGCAUUGAAUUUCGGGUGGAAUUUAGCAGAAGUUUUAAAAAAGUCUAAAGAGUCGGAUAAAAGUGUGUCUAAAGACCGUGUAAAAAUAUUUAAUUCACAUGAUACCACUUCAGAAGUAGCUAAAAAUGAAAAAAAAACGGACCAAGUUACUCCUAGUAGUGAUAACAAUUGGGAUACUUUUGAAGAAAAUAAAAACGAUUUUAAUAUAAAUAAUGAAUUAGAAAUUGGAACCUGGUCUAAUGAUAUGGCGAUUAAUUCAAUAAGUAUGGACAGUCAGUUUCAAUCGUUGCCUAAUAAUAUAACAGUUCUACAACCAGAAUUUUCAUGGGGUGAUAUACGAUGUGGAUCACCAACUUAUGAAUCUGAAGUCGGUGAUUAUUAUUCUGAUGAUUCAUACAGUGAUGAUGGAUUUGUUGAAUCAUCUGAUGAAAGUGAUAAUGAAAAUCGUGGGUUGAGAAUAUCAUAUACUGGUGAUAAUACAGCAGAAGCUGUUGAGGAUGAAUCUAAAAUAUCAAAACAAGAAAUUAAUAAAAAAAUAUUAGAUCUUUUCAAAAAUGAUAAAAAUAUAGAGAAUGUAUUCUUACCUUAUAGCGAAAAUAAUUAUAAAAAUUCAGAGUUGAAACUACAUGAAAGUAAACAUUAUGAGUUUGCAAAGAAACGUGAAAAUGAAAUAAUCACGAGUGAUUUAUUUAUAUCAAGUAAUCAAGAAAUAUCAUUUAACACUAAAAAAACAUAUAUAAAUAAUAUUGAUGAUACUUAUAAGCCGUCACAUUUGUCUCCAGUUACCAAAGAAUACGUAAAAAAAGUAGGAGAAUUACUAAAAAAAGAUAUUUCACUUGAGAAAUCGUCGAGUUAUAAUAAAAAUGGCUGUAAUGACAUUGAAACACCUACACUUGUUGAUAAAAAUGAUUCAACAUUCAGUUUUGAUCACCAGCCAGAACUACGAGGCAGUCCUGGUCCUAGCCCUAACUUAAUUUUACAAGCAUUAACAAUGUCUAAUGCAAAUGAUGGAAUUAAUUUAGAACGUUUAGAAACAAUAGGCGACUCGUUUCUAAAAUAUGCCAUUACAACAUAUUUAUAUUGUACAUAUGACGUAAUACAUGAAGGUAAAUUAAGUCAUUUACGCUCUAAACAAGUAAGCAAUUUAAAUUUGUACAGAUUAGGUAGACAAAAAAUGCUCGGAGAAAGUAUGAUAGCGACUAAAUUUGAACCGCAUGACAAUUGGUUGCCUCCUUGUUAUUAUGUUCCAAGAGAACUUGAGCAAGUUUUUAUAAAAUCAGGAGUGCCAUCCAGUCUUUGGAAUCAAGCUGAUAUUCCAUUACUCCAAAUGAUAAAUCGUAAUGAAAUGUCGCAAUUGAUUAAAGAAACCGAGUACAAACUUGAUUUAAUGAGAAUUGAAUUGGAUCGAAAUGAAAGCCGUGAGACUGAUGAAUUUGAUAGUUUGCAAUGUUCUAUACCUUAUAAUUUAAUUACUCAGCAUAGUAUUCCAGAUAAAAGCAUAGCCGAUUGCGUGGAAGCGCUUAUUGGAGCUUAUCUAAUAGCAUAUGGUCCUAGAGGAGCUCUUUUGUUUAUGGAAUGGUUAGGAAUCCACGUUUUACCAGCGACUAAAGUUAUUUACCCGAAUAAGCAUGAUAAACCUCUAGAUAAGUAUCCGGGUAGUAGUCCAUAUGUUCAGAAAGUUGAUGAAAAUGGCCAAACCAUUUGGACGCAAACUCGAUGGGAAAAACUGGAAGAACCACGAAAUCCUCUGUUGAGACAUGUAGUUGAUCCAGAAAGAGAAUUAAGUAUAAUGUUAGAUGGUUACGAUUGUUUAGAAGAGAGUAUAAAUUAUAAAUUUAUAGAUGUCAGUUAUCUUCUUCAAGCAUUUACGCAUGCUUCUUAUCAACCUAAUAAAUUAACUGAUUGUUAUCAACGGCUUGAAUUUCUGGGUGAUGCUGUUUUAGACUAUUUAAUAACUAGACAUUUAUAUGAGGAUUCGAGACAGCAUUCACCAGGUGCAUUAACUGAUUUAAGAUCAGCACUAGUUAAUAAUACAAUAUUUGCAUCAUUAGCUGUUAGGUGUGGAUUUCAUAAAUAUUUUAGGCAUCUUUCACCAGGAUUAAAUGUUGUAAUUGAUCAGUUUGUAAGAAUUCAAGAAGAAAACGGACAUUCUAUUAGUGAAGAGUACUAUUUAAUCGGAGAAGAAGAUAGUGAAGAGGCCGAAGAUAUCGAAGUGCCAAAAGCAUUAGGAGAUGUUUUUGAAUCAUUAGCUGGUGCAAUUUAUCUUGAUAGUGGGAUGUCACUUGAUGCUGUUUGGAAUGUUUAUUACAGAAUAAUGAAGUCGGAAAUAGAGCAAUUCAGUACGAAUGUUCCCAAGUCACCAAUCCGUGAAUUAUUAGAAUUAGAGCCUGAAACUGCUAAAUUUGGCAAACCAGAAAAAUUAACUGAUGGUCGUAGAGUACGAGUGACAGUUGAUGUUUUUGGCAAAGGUUCAUUCAAGGGUAUAGGUAGAAAUUAUAGAAUUGCAAAAUGUACAGCAGCAAAGUGUGCAUUAAAGAAAUUAAAAAAAACGCAAUCUUCCCAUCGACAAAAGAUGUAAUAUUUUUUAUUAAAGACAUUUCAAUGAAUGCAUUA